GAGGCCAGCAUUUAGUCAUUCUGCAUGAAAGCUGCAUGCUCACUGCUCCGCUCAACUUCUCUCCAACUUUUGGACCUCUGGACUAUCUGUAGAUGUUUUCCCCUUUUUUUUGAAUGUUCCCUACUUGGCAGAGGAUCAUUUGAUUUACCCUGUUUAUUCGGAUACAGUUAUUUAACACGCAAAAAAGGACAAUGCCUCGGUCUUUCCUGGUUAAAAAGUACUUUGCCAAACAAAAGCCAAACUACAGUGAACUGGAAUAUCAAAACGAUACGUCACUGGACAGAUAUCCUCUUGCUGAGCUCUCGUCAGGAAACAACACCUGCUUGACAGCCGGCCUGGUGUGGGACCUCAGAGUCCUUCCUGCCCUCUACUUACCCGCCUCCCAAACAGAGCCCUCCGCCACCCCGGGCCCUUUGGACCUCAGCUCCCCGUCCAGCCUCAGCAGCAAUGCCAGCAGUAGCGGCGAGGAAGACGAAGGCCGCACUUCAGACCCCCCCAGCCCGGAACCGGUCUAUGCCCCUCGCCAGCGGAUGAAAUGCACCGGCGUUAUAGCCCACGUCAGUCCUCCGGAGGAAGAGGAGGCCCCCGUUACGGCGACCAGGCCUGCCUUUCUCUGCAAACACUGCCCUAAAGAGUACACCAGCCUGGGGGCUCUAAAGAUGCACAUCCGCUCACACACCCUGCCUUGUGUGUGCACCACAUGUGGAAAGGCGUUCUCCAGGCCAUGGCUGCUGCGCGGCCACAUCCGCACGCACACAGGCGAGCGUCCGUUCUCCUGCCCUCACUGCAACCGAGCUUUCGCCGACCGCUCCAAUCUGCGAGCUCACCUGCAGACCCACGCCGAAGUGAAGAAGUACCAGUGCGGCGUCUGCUCUCGCACCUUCAGCCGCAUGUCGUUGCUGCAGAAACACAGCUCCUCAGGGUGCUGCUCCGCCUCAGUGUGAGGGCGCCCCCCGGUCGGGGGCGAGGGGGGGGGGGGUCAGAUAUGGCGGGACAAAAGUCCCCCCCCCCCCAAGCUCAGGAUAGUGGACACGGCGACAGGGACUCAUCAUCCGCAACAGCUUUAAUCGGAAGGAACUAGUCCUCGUUGUGGAUGUGAAUCGUACAAUCUUGAAGCUGUUGGACCAAAAAGCUGACGCUCUACUUGAUAUCGGCCCCCUUUGUUGCCAAUGUGUGCAUUCCAAAGACCAAAUAUGUACUGAACUCAUUGGGGGUAAGAGGUGUUCUUUCCUGUCUCCGUCCUGGUGCCGGACAGCUCAGGAUCACAGCCCAGACACAGCUGCUGAGAGGUAGGGGUGCGUGGGUGGUAUAAACCUCUCAGUGUGCCUCCAAACACACACACACACACACACACACACACACACACACACACACACACACACACACACACACACACACACACACACACACACACACACA